AUGCACCCCACUCUUGACAAAAAUAAUAUCUCAGCAAGUGACCUGAAUGCCAUAACCUCUAUUUUCGAAACCUUUUUGCGAGACAUAGAUUAUAGGCCCCAGGCGUUACAGGACACCAACGUGCAACUCGAAGAAGCCAUGUACAACGAAAUGAAAGACCUUGAUAUCUGUUGUGAUCAGCUGGAAAGAACGCUUCAUUUGGCCGCUAGCUUCGUUGAGCUGAUUUAUCGAGACUGCAACCUCGCCGAAAAGCUGGUCAUCGCAAAGUUCAACUGGUAUAUGAUUUAUGUCGACGACAUGGUCUCCAAGGAUCUCGCCCCCGCCGUGGCUUUCGAAGAGCGCUUUUUGCGCCGUCAACUGCAGCUGGAUCCCGUGCUCGACGCAGCUGCAGAAGUUUUUAUGAGCAUCUACGAGUACUACGAUGCACACGCAGCCAACUGCAUCAUUACCAGCGCACUUGAAUUCCUCACCUUCUCCUCAGUCGAAGUAAAGAUCCAGGAGCUUCCCUUGGUCCGUGAAGCCCAUCGCUUCCCGUGGUUUUUGCGCGAACGUACUGGCAUAGGAGCGGGCUUUGCCUUCUUUAUGUUUCCCAAGAGACUCGGUGUUGAUAUCAUGGAAUAUAUUCAAGUCAUGCCAGACAUGGUGGUUUGGAUAGAUCUAGCGAAUGAUCUACUGUCAUUUUACAAAGAGGAACAUGCGGGGGAAUCAGCCAACUACAUCCAUACACGCGCCUUUGUCGAAGAGAAGGUCCCGAUACAAGUACUCGCUGAAGUAGCAAAUGACCUGCGUUCCUCGACAUCUUCCAUACUCGCAACUAUCGCUCAGCGCCCCAAAGCGAUCCGGGCCUGGAGAUUCUAUCAACACGGCUACGUUUACUGGCAUCUAACCCAAGACCGCUACAAGUUACAAGAUCUAAGUUUAUAA